AUGGGUAAAAUAAAACUAGAACACGUAGAACAAGAAGAACAGGCUGAUGUGAGUGUUAAAACUGAGCCUCAAACCUAUGACGAAAAAGUCGAACAUUGCAGUGUGAUUGCAAAACCUAUGGCGCCGAAGAAACUUAGCAAAAAGAUAUAUAAACUCAUCAAGAAAUCAACUUCUCAUAAAAACUAUCUUAGGAAUGGCCUGAAAAUCGUGCAAAAGCAACUGCGGCUUGGCCCGAGCGUACGGCGCGUAUCGUUCCGCGCGCGCCUCAAAGAGCCAUUAGACCACCACAGACGGGGCCCUAAAGGUCUGAUGUUCAGCCGGGGUUGCGGGGUAAGCGCAAUGAGGCACCGCGACCUCGGCACAGAGCAGGAGAAAGAACAGGGAGGUUUUUAGCUAGUGUUUUUCGCCGGAGACAUUUCACCAAUCGAAAUCAUGUGCCACUUACCUGCUGUAUGUGAAGAAAAGGACAUUCCGUACUGCUACACACCUAGCCGCAAAGACAUUGGUGCAGCCAUGGGCACCAUGAGAGGCUGCGUUAUGGUGCUCGUUAAAGAACACGAUGACUACAAAGACUUGUACGAUGAAGUACGAAGUGAAAUCAAAUUGCUCGGACACCCAAUUUAG